AUGGCAUCGACAACCACAUCAGAAGUCAAUAACACAGUGAUUAAGAAAAAGGUCAUACAGCAUUGGCAAGUAUUUUUAAGAGCACCAAAUAUGGGACACUUCAGAAAAGAUGUAGGACACCUCAGAAAAGAUGUAGGACACCUCAGAAAAGAUAUGGGACACUUCAGAAAAGAUGUAGGACACUUCAGAAAAGAUAUGGGACACUUCAGAAAAGAUACGGGACACUUCAGAAAAGAUAUGGGACACUUCAGAAAAGAUGUAGGACACUUCAGAAAAGAUGUAGAACACCUCCGAAAAGAUGUAGGACACUUCAGAAAAGAUGUAGGACACUUCAGAAAAGAUGUAGGACACCUCAGAAAAGAUGUAGGACACUUCGACUACUCGCAAAUGAUGGGAGAAAUAUGGCAGUUCAUGCUCAUAGCAUCGUGGACAGUUAUGUUGUUUUUUUACAUACACGCCAUGGAUGAAAAGUAG